AUUUCACCAGUGUUUUGCAUGGAUGCCUGAAAUUAUUUUAUAAACUGGAAAAAUAAAUUUUGAUAUUAUAGUUGAACAAACUGCAGUUGCAUUCAGGAUACUAAUGUGAGUCUAGUGAAUCAUGCAAUAUGUGUUGGCUGGGCAUAUUAUAAUAAAUGCUACAGGUCAGUACACAGUAAUGUGUUGACGUCAUGUGAAAGAGUGAGGAAGACCGCCUCAGGGGCAUCACCUCCUGUAAGUGUUAUGGAUGGACCAAUUAAAUAUUAAUCAUGGAAGUGGCGUAGUUGACAUGAUGUAUGCUUAUUCAACUGAGCAGACUUUUACCAGAAAAAUAAUUAAAAUAGGUUUUGAUAGGAACAUUAAAGAACAAGGAUAUUAAUAUAGUUGAAUUUCUGAUAGCAUUGAAUAUACUCAGCGGUUAUGUCUGUAUACUCUAGUGUUCUACCUAUAUAGUGUUUUAUCUAUAUAGUGCUAUCGUUUAGUAUGCUGUGUGUUUGUAUCCUGCCCUGCAGAAAGGAGCUGUUUGGAAAUGCUUGCGUCAGACCUUGCUGGAUUGUCCUGUCGGUAAGGACGAGCUGUGUAAGGCAUCCGUAGGGAGGUAGACUCUCUCUCUCUCCCUCCCACCCUCCUCUCUCCUCCCUCUCUCUCCCCUCCCGUCCGGUACUCUCCUCUUCUCCUCACUCUCACAAAGUCACCGGCCUCACCCGCUUGGUUCCGCCGGAGCCUCAACGUGGCUCCCUCUUACUCUGACCAUGCAGACAUACCUCCCCAGCUCGACUCUGCCCAGGGCGUUCCACACCCCAGUCAGGGACGAGGAGGCGGAGUCCCAGAGGAAGGCCCGGUCCCGGCAGGCCAGACAGACCCGCAGGUCAACACAGGGUGUGACCCUAACGGAGCUCAAAGAGGCUCAGAGGAGCUACGGCCCCGACUGUAAGCAUGCAGAAGAGGAUGAGGCUGCGGGGAAGACGGGGUCAGCGGAGGACCAGCCGCUCGCCAUCAGCCUGACGAAGGCCGUGAAAUCCCAGGAGCUUAGUCCAGCCUGGAGCCAAACGGAUGAGGAGGGAAACGUUGAGUCCAGACUGGAAGCUCAGGCUGAGUGUCCGGCAGCAGACCAAUCCAAUGCAUCCCCCAGUGGGCUGUGUAGCCUUCCAGACACGAGCAUCACCAACAGCAAGUCCUGGAGAGUGAGUGAGAGAUGGAGGACAGAUGAGAAUCAGAAUCCGAUCCACGAUGCAGACCAGCUGUCCGCUGGCACGUCACUACAGGCACCACUGGGCUAUGACAUGGACCUCUGUGGAUCGUCCUAUACACAGCAUGACAGAUUAUCACGGUUGGACUCUGGGGGCUCGGGGGACAGUACGACGGAGAAGCUGCUAGGCCGCGUGGGUUCGUACACCCGGAGAGAGACCAGACUCGCCUCUCAGAGUAAACCCGAGGAAGGCUCCGCAACCGGAGACUACAAGAAGAUGUAUGAGACUGCCUUAAAUGAGAACGACAAGCUCAAGUCCAGGCUGCGGGACAGCAAACAGGAGUUGGCCAAGAUCCGCUCCCAGCUGGACAAAGUCACUCAGAAACAGGACAGAAUGUCUGAGAGGCCUCCCGUACUUGAAUCAGACAAAAAGGAAAAACAAGCACUUGAAAAGAGGGUUUCUGAUAUGGAAGAAGAGUUAAAGGCCGUCCCUGCCUUGGCCCGUGUGCAGGCGCUGCGGCGGGGGAACCAGCAGCUGCUGGCUGAGAACAGGGCCAUGCUGCGCGUCCUCUCUCGCCUCUCUGACACGGCCCACCUGCCCGAAACAGACGACCUCUGACCCCCCCCCACACCGCUCCCCCCUCUGACCUGGGCACCUCUCAUCCCUCCCCCGCCUCCACCUCCCUCCCACUACCCGUGCCUCCUUGCCCUUCACGCUCCACCUCUUCUACUUCUUCUCUUCCUCCGGCACCGCCGUCGCUCCUACUGUGUUCGCUCUCAGGCAGGUUCCUCGUAGCCUCUCCUCCACCUUGUCCGCCUCCUCCUCCUCCUCCUCUUCCUCCCUCUGAAGCAUCCCACCCUACACCCUCAAACUCCCAACCCCACCCAGACACUUUUUAAUAUUUCCUGAGCCUCCUCUUUGCGUGUGUGUGCGGGCUAGGAUGUGUGCUUGUGUGCGUGCGCGCUAGCAUAUGUGCGUGCUUGCGUGCUAGCAUGUGUGCGUGCGUGCUAGCAUGCGUAUGUGUGUGUGUGUGUGUGUGUGCGUCUGACUGUUUUUCCCGUUGGGCAACCACGGCACUAACACGCUUUUCCAACAUUUGUCACGCGCUUCCCUGGGAAUCUAUUUUUAGUUCCCUCCUGCCGUCACAGCUGAGGUGACUAACACGACCGUGUUUCGUUACGAUGAUGGAUCAGACGAGGGGAAGGGGACAAUGGGAAGGGUACUCCGGCAUCGGUGGCAAUGGCUCCGGAGGUAGAUCGGGUUGUGUGGCGAGCAGCAGGGUUGCUGGUUCAUCCAGGGCUCCUCCCUAUUAAGUGUUGAGCUGACCCAGAGCAAGACACCUAACCUAACUGAACUACUAGCGGCAAGCUGCCUUUUGCGUUUCCUGGUUGACCCCACCGUGGGUGUAGCAAUGUGUGCCUGAAUAGAUGAAUGCCAGGCAAUAACUGUUAAGUGCUUUGAGUGGCCACAGGUCUUGAAAGCAAUAUAUAAAUAUGCAGUCCAUUUACCAUUUACCUUGGCCUCUCUCAGUCUCUGGGUGGGUGGCUUUGCUGUUGCAGGUUCACUUGAAUGUGACACGUUGUGUAAUCAGGAGGAGACAAAAGAAACAGUUUUCCCCCUCAUAGAAACACAGUGUAGCUGCUUGUCUGAGCUUUUAAUGAGCUGAAACUAAGGCCUGUGUGUGUGUGUGUGUGUGUGUGUGUGUGUGUGUGUGUGUGUGUGUGUGUGUGUGUGUGUGUGUGUGGGCUUGUGAGUGCGUACAAAAGUGUGUUUCUGUUUUUGCGUGUGAGUGUUUUGACACUCAAACGCACACUUUUACACUUGCGCAUGAGUAUGUGCAUGCAUGCACACAUGGGUGUGAAUGUGUAUGUAAAUGUAUUUGUGUGUGUCUCAUUCAACCACCACAUUCUGUGCGAUACACUGCAGUCCUUGUGUACGACAAAGUCUUCCCACCCUUCCACUGCAGCGUUCCGUGUUGAUAGCAUAGCGCACAAGAUGGAGGCAGAGGUGUGUGUGCACGCCUUGAGCGGAGGAGGAAUGCUAUUGACAAGUGUUUUGGUUAUUUUUAGGCGUUACUCAUCCUGAGAGAGAUAGAUCUGAGACCCAGAUCUGAGACGUUGACAAUGUCUCCCGCUCCCUCUCUCCCCCUCUCUUGUCCCUCGCUCCCUCUCGUUCUGUUCCACGGUUCACGAGCCGAGAAUCCGAGCCAGUUUCCCAAUCUUGCUGCAUGACCCAACACUCUGCAUGACCUCAUUUCUUCAUUUGAGUUAUUUUUAUUGAAAGCAAAGUCUGGUGUCGUUAAAUGUUGUGAUUUGUUCUGACAUUUCUCCAGCAGUGUAACUGGAUUUCCAAUACACAAUGUUUCAUACAAUAUAAUGGUCUUAGUUGAGCUCAAAUCCGAGAACCAGAGGCUAAAGGACGAGAAUGGGGCUCUAAUCCGUGUCAUCAGUAAAUUGUCCAAGUGAAAGUUUUCUAAACUGUCAAUAACCUGAAAUUAUAAUGGGACCGUUUUGCAUAAGGAACGUCAAGGAGCCAUUUUGGUCCAUUCAAGAAACACGGCACGACAAUUCCGGUUGCCGAUUGGUCAGAUUUGAAUCAAUAAGACCGCUUUUUUCCCCCUGGAGUGGCAGCUGUUUCAGUUGUGCCAGAGUAGUUAAUUACUUCCUAUACUUCACCACUAGGAAGCGACAUGUGAAUGGAGGUCCGCAGCACAAAGCCCAGUCUAUUAAGUAUUCAGCCAUCUGAUACUCAUCAAGCCUCACGUAUGUAUUUAUUAUGACAUAGUAGACCAGGGUCUAAAGAUAUUUGUAUUAUAAGGGUUUAUUCUUCUAAACCACAACCUUGGAAUGAGCUAAAGUAUAAGAAAAGGCCCAGCUGUUUUUUUGCCUCAUGCUUACCUACCUGGUCAACAUAACAACCAACAAAACGUGGGCUUAUCCAAAGUAUAAUAUUCUUUCGAUUUUUGUUUUAUUCUAACCAUGAAAUAAUUUAAUCCUUUCAGAGUUUUGUUUUUAAAAUCCACUGUGCAAUGGUUUCUGGAGUCCAGGAGGAGCCUUGAAACUGUUGUAAUUUGUUGUUCACAAGAACAGAGGUUCUUAUUUGAAUGAGGGGUGACGUCUACAGCUUGACCACAUAUAGGAUGUGUGUAAUCCUAUACCAUCUGUUAUCAUUGUGUUGUAAAUAUUAUACAAUAUUCUGUAUAAUAUAUAGAAGUUUCAAAUAUGUAUAGGAGGACACCUGAAUUUUCUCACUUUCCUUAAUAAACUAUUAAUGGUUGACGACAUUGUCCUGAAUUAUUUCCAUAUUUGACCGUUACCCAAAAUAACAAACAAAUGGCGGCAGUAUUUAAACAUUCACAUGAAUACAACAUAAAUAAAACGGUAAUAAAAAUACAACUUUGCACAAGGGAUGGUUAAUAAAAGGCCUUUAUUUCCUAUUUGUUUCUUACAGAACUGGUAACACAUAUGAUAAAUCUUGUAUUAAGUUAUUUGGUUCCCUUGAUUACGUUAUAAUAAUAAUGGUCCCCUAACAGUUUUGUCCACACAAGGGUUCGAGAGAAGGAGGUUUUUGUGAGCCACGUCUUGUGUCCAGUCAAGGGCUAAAGCAUGCGAUCCACAGUAGGCACAAAUACUGACAUGAACACACGCACCACAACACUAGACACGAGUAAAACACCGCUGGGGGGGAGGUGGGGGGACACACGCACAAUACCAGGUCCUCCCAACCCAACCCCCCCGAUGCCGAAGAAGAGCGCAGGGGUAGAAAGGAAAAGAAUAGUCUUUUGAAUGCAACCGCUGGGGUGAGGGGAGGAGGACGACGAGCUGAACGGGGAAGGUUUGGUACCAAGUCCUGCCCGUGGAGCAGUAUACAGUGUGUCCAUGUUGUAAACAUGUAGGCCCGCGUGCUGCACCAACACUCAGAGGAACACAGCAGUUUUCAAUGGGGGAGGGGGGGGGGGGGGGGGAAACUCCAGAGCCAGCUUUGCUAUUUAGCACAUUGACAAUGAUAUGGAUUGGUCACACGGUAACUACACAAAGACAGAGAGAAAAGAUGAUUCAGUGGGGGCGUAAUAAACAAAUAAAAACCAACACCGUAGGCUCUACCACUACGGUGUAACCUUGGUGAAAAACAGUGAAGAAAUUAAAACACAGAUUAAUAGCUAUAGUCACGUACACACACAAACAUGCUGAAGUACAAAUAAACAUCUUGAGCGAAAGACUUGAAACAUUGGAAAGGGGGGCCCUGAUCCGCGUGGGGACCUGGACCCCUGGUACGGCUGAGGUGUGUGGUCUACACAGCUUCUGAUGGGUUCCCUUUUUACAUCCGAUCGAAAGCAAAACACACAAGACGAAGACAGACGUACAGACGCACACUAACCCAUAGGUUGCC